ACGACGUCUCCUACGCAGUACAAUGUGACUGACGUAUUUACUGUGCGACCAGUGGUUUAUGCGACGCAUAAGGCGACACAGCAAUGGCGAGUGGUAAAAAGAGUGCUCUGCUUUCCUCUUUGGCAGACUAUGGGGACGAUUCAGAGCCCGACUCCGACCCUGAAUCCGAAGGAACAGGGGGGCAUGUCUCUGGCCUGGUGUACAGCUAUGGCGAUGAUGACCCGAACAAAACCCAGGGUGCAGAGAUUAUAGUGUCUGGAGAUGAAGAAAGCAGAGAAAGCCACUCGGAUAUGGAGGACUCCGACGAGGGGAGGGACGUAGAAGACGUUGAGAUCCCAGAAGUAGAAAGAAAGGACCCCAAUGAGCUAGUUGCUCUCUUCUCGGAGAAGGUGAGGAACAUGUCCCCCGACAAGAUCCGGAUCCCCCCCGAGCCUCCCGGGCGCUGCUCCAGCCAGCUUCAGGACAAGAUCCACAAGCUGUACGAGAGGAAGCUGCACGGAGAUUUUGACACAAACAGCCACAUCCAGAAAAAGAAAGAAUUUAGAAACCCAAGCAUUUACGAGAAGCUCAUUCAGUUCUGCAGCAUCGAUGAACUAGGGACGAACUACCCGAAGGACAUGUUCGAUCCUCACGGCUGGUCAGAGGACUCUUACUAUGAAGCUCUAGCCAAGGCCCAGAAAGUGGAGAUGGACAAACUGGAGAAAGCCAAGAAGGAGCGGACCAAGACGCACGCAGAAAACUGCAUUGCCAAGUUCAGCUCCCGUCACUGCAGCUCAGGCCCAAACCCGAUUGAGUUUGUCACAGGGACCAAGAAGGGCACCGUGGCCUCCAGCUCAGCAGCCUCCACCACCAGCAGCGCCGCCACCACCACCGCCUCAGCAGAGGCCCAGAAGAGGAAGAGCAAGUGGGACUCUGCCAUCCCCGUGACCCUGGCCCAGCCCGCCCUCGUCACAACCACUUCGACCCUGCCUGCCGUCGUCUCCGUGACGACCACCGCCAGCGGCACCAAGACAACCGUCAUCUCUGCGGUGGGCACCAUCCUGAAAAAGGCGAAGCAGUGAGGCGUCCGUGUCAGUGUCAGUGUGGACGAGAGCGAUGGAAGUGACGCCCCGAAAGAACGCGUGCGUGCAAAUAUAUGUGUGAAAGGAAGCAGAGCGCAAGCGCAGACAAAUGUGUGGACUCUUAAGAAACCAACUUACAAAUUCCCUCUGCUGCACGUGGGUGGAUUUCACUGCCGUCUAUCUGGGAUCUGAGGGGUCGCCUCAUGGAGGCAAAUCAACAUUUGGUUGAAAAUACUCGUAGAUGCUCUGAAAGCCGGACAGUGUGUUGCGUGCAGGUCUGGUGCUAAUUAAACAUUUGUUGCGUUUCUUGUAAUAUGUUUGUUUUCAACAGCUGUUAGUUUUUUGAAGAAAGCCAUGUUGCAAAGAUGUAUUGUUCCAUCCAUGGUUUUGGUGUAGUAUUUCCACACAUCUUGCAGUAGUUGUGUGUUAUAGGGGUCGACAAGUGCAUCAUUUGUUCCAUCGUUGGUAAAUUGACUACACUGUAACAUUUUUUUUUUUAAUGAUUGUACAUAUAUACUGGUGAUAAGUUGAAUAAAUGAAUCACGUGUUGUCUUUUUAA